GCUUGUUUCAAUUCUAUUCACCACUCGAUGUUUUUGAUAAAAAUAAUUUCUAAAAGACAUUAAAACAUAAUAAUUUUGAAAUUAAAGAAACGGUAUUCCAAAAUCGAUUUGAAUAAGUGGAGUGGUGGACUGAUAAUCAAAAUUAUUCACAGUGCUCCAACCUCUUUUGUUUGAGUAGCUUCUACGCUUAUUGAAGAUCAGAUGCAAACAUCACACGAAAUUAGCAGCGCAGUUGCCGAUGACGACGACAGGAAUGCUUCAGAGGUUGAUACCAGUGAGAAGGAAUCCUCCACAAAUGAAGUUAAAAAUUAUGGAAAAAGCACUCGUUUUUCAGAUUUGUCCCUGAACAUACCUCCAAGACACGCACAUUUUAGUAGUAAUCGGCGUGAAAAAGCUUCACUCCAGUCUCCUGGUAUCUCAUCCAAUGGCACUUCAUCUUCAUCUUCAUCUUCAAGGGGCAUUUUUCGAGGUUUAAGCUUUAAAAAGAAGGAUCACGUUCCUCAUAAUGGUGAAAGUAGCUCUCUUCUUCCUUCCGACACAAACGCACCACCACCUGAAAGCCCUAUUGUCUCCAAUACUAUCUCCAAUUUACACUGGAAACGAUGCACAUCUCUUCCAGUCAAACACGCAUCAUCAAACCCUUCCCCUUCAGCCACCACCCCCGUUUCCGCAAGAACAUAUAGCGAACAACAGAAAUCACAUAUUCAAGCUACGGUUUCAAGGUCGCUCUCUGUACCUGGGCGAAACAUUGUUAUCGUACGAUCAAUUUCUUUUGCCGCACGUAAGGAUAAUGAUCAAGCCGAUAGUGCUAAUGAUCAAAUCGGUUCUGUAGAAGUGGAGAACGAUGAAGAGAUUGAUGAGGAAGAAGCGAUUUGCAGAAUCUGCUUUGAUUCAUGUGAUGAAGGUAAUCAACUGAAGAUGGAAUGCAGUUGCAAAGGUGCGCUUAGACUUGUUCAUGAAGAAUGUGCAGUUAAAUGGUUUAGUGUUAAAGGGAACAAAAACUGUGAUGUUUGUGGUCGUGAAGUCUCAAAUUUACCAGUAACUUUGCUUCGUAUGCCAAGUUAUGCUCAAAGACAAACCAUGAAUAUGAAUCCACAAAAUCAACAGCAUCUGAAUUCAGGAACAAUAAGUGCAUGGCAGGAUUUUGUGGUGCUAGUUUUGAUAAGUACAAUAUGCUACUUCUUCUUCCUGGAGCAGCUUCUUAUUCGUGACCUGAAAACUCAAGCUAUUGUGAUUGCUGCACCAUUCUCAUUUACAUUUGGCAUUCUGUCAUCGACAUUUUCGGUUAUUCUUGCAAUCAGGGAGUAUAUUUGGACUUAUGCAGCUCUUGAAUUUGCACUUGUAGCUAUGAUUCUGCACUUGUUUUAUUCUUGGCUUGAGUUGAAGGCAAUCUAUGCGGUAAUGUUGUCAGGGAUUUUGGGGUUUGGAGUAGCGAUGACUCUGAAUGCUUUGUAUAUUCGCUACUUUGUUUGGCGAGUUCAAAUUCUUCGUGAUUCCAACAAUGUUUGAUGAGAAAAAUAUAUUAUAUUUUAAUUUAAUUUUGGUGUAUAUAUAAAUCAACCUACCCUGACCCUGAUAUUAGGGGUUUUGUAUUUCAUGAAAAUGUUGUA